AGGUACUUGGGGAAUCUAAAGGAUGUUUGCCACCCAAAAAGGACACGUCUUGGUGGAAUGAUGAGGUGAAACAAGCCAUAAGGAACAAAAGAGAUUGCUACAAAAAGUUGGGAAUAAGUCGGAGUGAUGAGAACAUAGAAGCUUACAAGGAGGCUAGAAGACAAGCAAAGAAAGCCGUAAAAGAAGCACAAGGGAAAGUGAACAAGGAGUUGUAUGAAAAAUUGGACUCUAAGGAAGGAGAACAAGAGAUCUAUAGACUUGCUCGUCUUCGUGAUCGCAGGACUCAAGAUAUCGGAAAAGUUAAGUGUGUGAAGGAUGUUGAUCAAAGGAUAUUAAUGGAGGACGGAGAGAUAAAAGAGAGGUGGAGAUCAUACUUUGAUACAUUGUUCAACGAGAACAAAGUGCAAGAUAUCGAUGAUUUGACCAUACCAGAUUGUAUGGUAAAUCGUGAUUUUGUGAGAAGGAUCCAACCAACGGAAGUUAAAGAGGCUUUGAGGAAGAUGGGGCGGAAGAAAGCAGUGGGUCCAGAUGGCAUACCGAUCGAGGCUUGGAGAAGUUUGGGAGAGAGAGGCAUUGAGUGGUUAACAAAUUUCUUCAACAAAAUUUGGAGAAACAACAAGAUGCCAACGAGUUGGAGAAAGAGUACUCUUAUUCCCUUAUUUAAGAAUAAAGGUGAUGUACAAGAAUGUGCCAACUAUCGGGGGAUUAAACUUAUGAGUCAUACCAUGAAACUUUGGGAGCGAUUGAUUGAGCAAAGACUUCGAAGAACGGUGAAGAUCUCAGAGAGCUCAACAACUGAGGCUAUUCACCUUCUUCGGCAACUUAUGGAGAAGUAUAGAGACGCUCACAAGGAUUUGCAUUUAGUGUUCAUUGACCUAGAAAAGGCAUAUGAUAGGGUACCUCGAGAAGUUCUUUGGUGGGCCUUAACUAGAAAAGGCAUUUCACGCAAGUAUAUCAGCAUCAUCAUGGAUAUGUAUGAGGAUUGUACUACAAGUGUCCGUACUAGUGUAGGGAGGACUGCGGAGUUCCCUAUUACUAUCGGAGUGCACCAAGGAUCGGCUCUUAGCCCUUUUUUAUUUGCCAUAGUCAUGGAUGAACUUACAAAGUCAAUUCAAGACGAUAUACCGUGGUGCAUGAUGUUUGCCGACGAUAUUGUAUUGAUUGAUGAGACGCAAUCAGGGAUUAAAGCAAAGUUGGAAGUAUGGCGACAGACAUUGGAGAACAAGGGUUUCAGACUAAGUAGGAGCAAGACAGAGUACAUGGAGUGCAAGUUUGGUGGAGGUAGAAGCAGUGGUAAUAGCGGAAUUACUUUAGAUGGUAAGGAGAUACCAGUCAGCGAUAUGUUCCGUUAUUUGGGCUCCAUAAUUCAGAAGGACGGUGAGUUAGAUGGAGAUGUAUCCCAUAGAAUCAGAACAGGGUGGAUGAAGUGGAAGAGUGCAUCAGGAUUUCUAUGCGAUCGAGGUAUGCCGACUAGACUGAAGGGUAAAUUUUAUAAGACAGCAAUUAGGCCGGCAUUAUUGUAUGGCACGGAGUGUUGGGCGGUGAAACAAUGUCACAUUCAAAAGAUGAGUGUGGCAGAGAUGCGCAUGCUGCGUUGGAUGUGUGGGCAUACUAGAAAGGACCGCGUGAGGAAUGAGACAAUUAGACAAAGGGUGAGAGUAGCACCUAUUGAAGAUAAGAUGCGGGAGUCACGCCUACGGUGGUUUGGUCAUGUGCAUAGAAGACCGAGUGAUGCACCUGUCAGACGAGUUGAGAUGUGUGGAGAAGAGGUAGGGAAGAGAGGGAGAGGAAGGCCCAAACAGACGUGGGUUAGGGGAGUCAGAAGUGAUAUGCUUCUUCUUGGAUUGGAUGAGGGUAUGGCUUUGGAGAGAGCAAAAUGGAGGGCGGGUAUUCGUGUUGAGGAGUGAUCUUGUAUCAUCUUUUUUUUCUUCUUCUUCUUUUUUUUUCCUUUUCUUUUAUAUCUUUAUCCUUAUAUAUAAAUAUUACCUUAUCCUUUUUAUUUGAUCUUUUAUAUGUAUAUUCAUCUCUUUUAUAUUAUCUUUUUUUUUUAUAAUAGCUUAUCUUUUUUAUCUUUAGUUUCUUUCUUUUCCUUUUGGUGAUAAUGU